GCCCCGGCCCGCGCCUGGGCUUCAGCACCGCGGACAGCGGCGUCGGCGCGAGCGGGCUGAACCCGGGGGCCGCGGUGCCCAUGAAGGACCACGACGCCAUCAAGCUCUUCGUGGGGCAGAUCCCGCGGGGCUUGGACGAGCAGGACCUCAAGCCGCUCUUCGAGGAGUUCGGCCGCAUCUACGAGCUGACGGUGCUGAAGGACCGGCUCACCGGCCUCCACAAAGGCUGUGCCUUCCUCACCUACUGCGCCCGGGACUCUGCUCUCAAGGCCCAGAGUGCACUGCAUGAGCAGAAGACCCUGCCAGGGAUGAAUCGUCCGAUCCAAGUGAAGCCGGCUGCCAGUGAGGGCCGAGGAGAGGACCGGAAGCUGUUUGUGGGGAUGCUGGGCAAGCAGCAGGGCGAGGAGGACGUGAGACGCCUGUUCCAGCCCUUCGGCCACAUCGAGGAGUGCACGGUCCUGCGGAGCCCGGACGGCACCAGUAAAGGCUGUGCCUUUGUGAAGUUCGGGAGCCAAGGAGAAGCCCAGGCAGCCAUCCAGGGUCUGCACGGGAGCCGGACCAUGGCGGGGGCCUCGUCCAGCCUGGUGGUGAAGCUCGCCGACACCGACCGGGAGCGCGCGCUGCGGCGCAUGCAGCAGAUGGCCGGCCAGCUGGGCGCCCUGCACCCUGCGCCACUGCCCCUCGGGGCCUGCGGAGCCUACACCACUGCGAUCCUGCAGCACCAGGCCGCCCUGCUGGCGGCGGCCCAGGGUCCCGGCCUUGGCCCUGUAGCAGCUGUGGCGGCCCAGAUGCAGCAUGUCGCAGCCUUCAGCCUGGUAGCUGCACCUCUGCUGCCUGCAGCAGCCAGCUCCCCGCCUGGAGGUGGCCCAGGCACCCUCCCCGGUCUCCCUGGACCCAUCGGGGUCAAUGGCUUCAGCCCCCUGACCUCCCAGACCAACGGGCAGCCGGGCUCCGACGCGCUGUACAAUAACGGGCUCUCUCCCUACCCAGCCCAGAGCCCUGGCGUGGCUGACCCCCUGCAGCAGGCCUACGCUGGGAUGCACCACUAUGCAGCAGCCUAUCCGUCGGCCUAUGCCCCAGUGAGCACAACUUUUCCCCAGCAACCUUCAGCCCUGCCCCAGCAGCAAAGAGAAGGCCCCGAAGGCUGUAACCUCUUCAUCUAUCACCUGCCUCAGGAGUUUGGGGAUGCGGAACUCAUACAGACCUUCCUGCCCUUCGGAGCUGUCGUCUCUGCCAAAGUCUUUGUGGAUCGCGCCACCAACCAGAGCAAGUGUUUUGGAUUUGUUAGUUUUGACAAUCCAACCAGUGCCCAGACUGCUAUUCAGGCCAUGAAUGGCUUUCAAAUUGGCAUGAAGAGGCUCAAGGUCCAGCUAAAGAGGCCUAAGGAUGCCAACCGGCCUUACUGAUCUGCUCUCACUGAAAGGGCGGACACUGAAGAGUGAGAAGAAAGCAAAGAAAAAGCACAGAAAUGCCGGAGUGGCCCUUCCUAAGGGAGCAGCUGCGGAUGGACAGAGGUGGAUCGGACCCAAGGCCCGUGCCUGGCGCUCAGGCCCCUGGACACUGUUUCUGAUCGAGCGGAUUGUUCUGCACCUGGCCUGCAGGAGAGCAGCCAGGCACCGAGCAUUGACUGUGGAGGGGAGCAGCCAAGGGCCUGGGGGUGCCGAGGGCUUCCCCGCCAGGAGAGCCCAGAUUUACUUCUUUCAAAAUCAUAUCAUUCCUUAGAGUUUAGGGACCAAAGGACUAUUGCUUUUUUAAGAAUAUAUAUAUAUAUAUCUAUAUAAAUUAAAGAAACAAAAAAAAACCACACAAGAGAAACAAAAAGUAUAGAGUCUAAUAAAAGCUGCCUUUAACUAUC